AUGGCCUCCUCUCAACCUCCUCCAGUCGCGGGGUCCGACGACACUUCACUCCCCCUCAUCGACAUCAAGCCCCUCCUCAAGAAACUCUGGCCCGUCCCGGACGGCGGCCUCGCCGUCACCCCGGACGAGAUCGCCGAGGCCAUCUCCAAAUUCUUCACCCACCAGGUCUCCGACGCCCAGGCCGCCUCCCUCCUCAUCUCCCUGCACUUCACCAACCUCGACCGCCGCGCCGACGUGAUGGCCCGCUCCGCCCACGUCAUGCGCCUCGCGGCCGCAAAGGUCGACUUCGACCACCUCUCGCAGGUCGUCCGCUCCAAGAACCUCGCCGAGGGCGCCUACGCCGGCGGCCUCUGCGACAUCGUCGGCACCGGCGGCGACGCCCACAACACCUUCAACAUCAGCACCACCGCCAGCAUCCUCGCCUCGUCGCUGCUGCUCGUCGCGAAACACGGCAACCGCGCGAGCACCUCCAAGUCCGGCUCCGCCGACCUCGUCAACAACAUGAAGCCCCGCCCGCCCGUCCUCAUGGCCGUGUCCCCGGAGACCAUCUCCAAGGUGUACUCGGCGACCAACUACGGCUUCCUGUUCGCGCCCGUCUUCCACCCGGGGAUGCGCUACGUCGCGCCCAUCCGCAAGGAGCUGCCCUGGAGGACGAUCUUCAACCUGCUGGGUCCGCUGGCGAAUCCCGUGGAGGACAUCCUCGAGGCUCGUGUGAUCGGCGUGGCUAGGAAAGAGCUCGGUCCCGUGUUCCUGGAGGCGCUCCGCAUCGGCGGCUCCAAGAAGGCCAUGAUCAUCUGCGGCGAGGAGGAGCUCGACGAGGUGAGCUGCGCGGGGCCGACGCUGGUCUGGAGACUCAGCGAGGCGGCGGACGGCGAGAUUGUGCAGGAUCACUUCAAGGUGCAGCCCAGCGACUUCGGUCUCCAGACACACGCCCUGGACACCGUUUCCCCUGGAAAGGAGCCCGCGGAGAACGCCGAGAUUCUGAGGAGAUUACUGAGCGGCGAGAUGGCAGACGACGACCCCAUCCUGGAGUUCGUGCUGUUGAACACGGCCGCUCUGUUCGUGGCGUCGGGCAUCUGCGAGGCGGAGACGAGUAACAUGGGCCCUGGCGACGAUGGCAAGGUCAUUACGGAGCGGGGCCCCGGUGGAGGACGCUGGAAGGAGGGCGUACGGAGGGCGCGCUGGGCUGUCAAGAGCGGCAAGGCGCUGGAGCAGUGGACUUCGUUUGUCGAUAUCACGAACAGCUUCCAGUAG